ACAGAGAGAAAGUGAGGGAAAGGACGAGAAAAUCAUCCAAUCCCAAUCUUCUCUCUCUCUCUCUCUCUCUCUCUCUCUCUCUUCAUUUUUGAAAAUUCUUUUUUUCUUUUCUCUUCUUUUCUAAAAUAGGACCUAAUACCUUCACAACCAAGUCUCCCCUUUCCUAAUUUCAGUCUCUCCCUCAGAGAAUUCAAUCAAACUUUCAUAACUUCACCUGAAAAAGAAAGAAAUAAUCAAAAUUUUCUAAAUUCCCAUCACAGUUUUGGCUUCUGAAAUGUGUUUUUAGAUAUCUUGGGCCUUUUGGAUUAAUGGGCAGGAAUUGAAUUUUGGAUUUGAGUUGGUUUCAAAGGCCGGACAUUUUGUUUUUCUGAGUUUUAUUGGCGGUAAUGGCUACAGAGCAAGUAUUGCCCUUCUCUUUAGUUUCUGUGGUUGAAGACGUUCUUCAACAGCAUGGGAGUCGUUUGAGCGAUAUUGACUUGGCUUCCAGGAAGGCUGAGGAAGCUUCCUUGAGAAGGUAUGAAGCAGCGAGGUGGCUGAGAAAGACAGUCGGAGUAGUGGGGGGUAAAGAUUUACCAGCUGAGCCUUCUGAAGAAGAUUUCAGGCUUGGAUUGCGAAGUGGGAUAAUCCUUUGUAAUGUUCUUAACAAGGUUCAACCCGGAGCUGUGCCGAAGGUAGUUGAAGGACCUUCCGACUCCGUUCUUAUUCCUGAUGGGGCAGCUCUAUCGGCGUAUCAGUACUUCGAAAAUGUCAGAAACUUCCUUGUGGCUGUGGAGGAAAUGGGGCUUCCAAACUUUGAAGCCUCUGACUUGGAACAGGGAGGAAAAUCUGCAAGGAUUGUGAACUGUGUUCUAGCACUGAAAUCAUAUAAUGACUGGAAACAAGGAGGUGGAAUUGGAUCAUGGAAAUUUGGUACAAAUUUCAAACCACCUACCUCUGGGAAAUACUUUUUCCGAAAAAAUUCAGAACCCUUUGCGAAUUCCGUUGCAAGGACCUCAUCACUGGGAGAAAAGUCCCUAGAUAGUUUGUCCAGUGAAGAUAUCAAUGAAGCAAGUUCCUCUCAUGCCUUACACAUGCUAGUCCGUGAAGUGCUUUUCGACAGGAGACAAGAAGAAAUUCCACUCAUUGUGGAAUCUAUGCUGAGUAAAGUCAUGGAGGAGUUUGAGCAUCGGCUAGCAAGCCAAAAUUCACUCAUAAAAACAGCUUCCAGAGAUAUGGCAUUGUCUGGCCCUGAAAGAUCUCUUUCUGAAUGUUCUGCUGACAUGAAGGUAGAUGACCAUGAAGAGAAAGUCGCGGCUGAUAUCAAAGAGGAAGAAAUAUCUGACAAUGAAGAGGGAUCAAAAACUGAGUCUUUUAAGCAGAAAAUGCUGGUUGACCAACAGCAGAAAGAUAUUCAGGUAAACUGCAGAAUGAUGAAGUACCAGGAGGAGUUCAACAGCCUAGGUAAGCACCUGCACGGUUUGGCUCAUGCAGCAACAGGAUACCAGAAGGUUCUUGAAGAAAAUCGCAAGUUAUACAAUCAAGUCCAGGAUUUGAAAGGAAAUAUAAGGGUAUAUUGCCGAGUGCGGCCCUUCUUGCCUGGGCAAUCAAAUCGUGCCAGUACUUAUGAUCACAUUGAUGACACAAGUAUUAAGAUUAUCACCCCUUCAAAAUAUGGCAAAGAGGGACGGAAAUCUUUCAGUUUCAACAAAGUGUUUGGUCCUUUUUCAACCCAAGAGGAGGUAUUUUCAGAUACGCAGCCUCUGAUUCGGUCUGUUCUUGAUGGUUACAAUGUCUGUAUAUUUGCUUAUGGCCAAACUGGAUCAGGAAAAACUUUCACAAUGACUGGACCGAGAGACAUUACAGAGGAAAGUCAAGGUGUAAAUUAUAGAGCACUUAGUGAUCUAUUUCUUCUAUCAGAACAGAGAAAGGACACCAUUAGCUAUGGAAUUUCUGUUCAGAUGCUUGAAAUUUACAAUGAGCAAGUUCGGGAUCUCCUGUCGAUGGAUGCCACCAACAAAAGAUUAGAAAUUCGUAACAGUUCUCAAAAUGGAAUUAAUGUACCAGAUGCAAACCUUGUUCCUGUAUCAUCAACAUCUGAUGUUAUAUAUUUGAUGAACCUCGGGCAUAAGAAUCGUUCGGUGAGUGCCACAGCCAUGAACGACAGGAGUAGUCGGUCACACAGCUGCUUGACAGUUCAUGUUCACGGGAAGGACCUGACAUCUGGAAGUAUUCUCCGUGGUUGUAUGCAUCUAGUUGACUUGGCAGGAAGUGAAAGAGUUGACAAAUCUGAGGUGACAGGAGAUAGAUUAAAGGAGGCACAACAUAUUAACAAGUCUCUCUCAGCUUUAGGAGAUGUCAUUGCCUCUCUUGCUCAAAAGAAUUCACAUGUUCCUUAUAGAAAUAGUAAACUCACACAACUGCUCCAAGACUCACUUGGAGGGCAAGCAAAGACGCUCAUGUUUGUUCACAUUAGCCCAGAGCUUGAAGCUCUUGGAGAAACACUGAGUACACUCAAAUUUGCGGAACGUGUUUCCACAGUUGAGCUUGGUGCCGCUCGAGUUAACAAAGACAGUGCAGAUGUAAAAGAGCUCAAAGAACAGAUUGCUACUCUUAAGGCAGCCUUAGCAAGGAAGGAAGGACAGGGAGUGCAGCUUCAACAUUCUCAAUCCUUAAGCCCAGAAAGAUUUAGAGUCAAGUCUGCUGGGUCUUCCCCUUUGCAUUCUAGUCAGAAAAGCACUGGAGAUUUGUCUGGUGGUCGCAGGCAACAAUUGGAGGAUUUUGGGAAUAUAGAGGUUCGGAAAAACACUGCAUCAAAGCCAAAAAGGCGAAGUUUAGAUCUCCACGAUAUGCUAAGGAGUUCACCUCCCUGGCCACCGAUUGGCAGUCCUGGAUUGAGUGGAAAGGAGGAUGAUAAGGACUCAGUACUUUCUGGUGAUUGGAUUGAUAAGGUGAUGGUGAACAAGCAGGAAAAUGCAAGCGGAGAAGAAAAUCUGUUAGGAAUAGGAUGUUGGGAUGUGGACAACAGACAGUUGCCAGAGAUGUUUGGUCCGAGCAGCCUCCCAGACCCUCCAAAGUUAUACAUGGAAAACCAAAACUUUGGAAAAUUAAUGGCAAACAAAGAGGAGAGCCAAGACUAUGAAGUACAAAGGAGUCGAUAUGAGACAGCCACCACGGAUGACUCUGAUGAGCUUGAGGCUGCAACUAGUGAUUGCUCGGAGCCAGACUUGCUUUGGCAACUUAAUCCCCUGAAAGCAACCGGCAUUCCCAACGGAUUGGGAGCAAAACCAAAGAAACCUUCUCCCAGGCCAGUAAGGAGCCCGGAAACUAGGAGUUUAAUUCCAUCAUUGAUUCCUUCGCCAUCACGGAAGCCACCAAAUGGGGUUAGUCAGCCUCUGCAUAGAACUGGAAGGCAGCCAGGUCCUGGUGAAGGGAAGCGAAGAUCUGGGAAUGCUAAGUGAUCGAUGAUGAGUUUACUUUUAUGGUGUGUUGAGGGAAGUUUGGUUGCUCUAUGAUGAACUCUUUUUCAUUUUUUAUUUUUUGGUGUCAAUUUUUGUGUAUUCAUAUCUCUAGAGAGAGAGAGAGAGAGAGAGAGAGAGAGAGAGAGAGAGAGAGGUUUCUAUGUAUAUGAGAGAUGGCAACACUUGCAGUUGCCUGAGUUUCUGCGGUGGUGGUCAUAUAUGUAUGUUGUCGCACCCCAUUCAUCUCAAUUUGUUUAUAUGAGUGUUGAUAUUGCUAUCAAAGAAUAACAAAUUUUUUUUU